AUGAACCGUGCUUUUAGCAGGAAGAAGGACAAAACAUGGAUGCACACUCCUGAAGCCUUAUCAAAGCAUUUUAUUCCCUACAAUGCAAAGUUUCUUGGCAAUACAGAAGUGGAGCAGCCAAAAGGCACAGAAGUUGUUAGAGAUGCUGUUAGAAAAUUAAAGUUUGCAAGACAUAUCAAGAAAUCUGAAGGCCAGAAGACCCCCAAAGUUGAAUUACAAAUCUCGAUCUAUGGUGUAAAAAUUCUAGAUCCAAAAACAAAGGAAGUCCAGCACAACUGUCAGCUCCAUAGGAUAUCAUUUUGCGCUGAUGAUAAAACUGACAAGAGAAUAUUUACUUUCAUAUGCAAAGACUCAGAAUCAAAUAAGCAUCUGUGCUAUGUAUUUGACAGUGAAAAGUGUGCGGAAGAGAUAACUUUAACAAUUGGUCAAGCAUUUGACUUAGCUUACAGGAAAUUUCUGGAAUCUGGAGGAAAAGACAUUGAAACAAGGAAACAAAUAGCAGGUUUACAGAAAAGAAUUCAAGAAUUAGAAACUGAAAACACAGAACUGAAAAAUAAAGUUCAAGAUUUAGAAAACCAGUUAAGAAUAACACAAGUACAUGCAUCUCCA